CAGCAUGAGGAACUGAUAUUAUGAACUAAAUCAAAUCAUGGCAUAUUCAUUCUACCUGUUGCACUUGCUUCUAGUCCCAAAUACAAUCCUUGCUACUGCUGGAUUUAAGCCAAACAUUGUAUUGAUCAUUGCUGAUGACUUGGGAUGGGGUGACAUAGGAUUUUCCAAAAAGCAUGGAACAACGUUGGCUACUCCCGAAACUCCAAAUUUAGACAUUCUUGCUGAAAAGAGUGUUAUUCUUGACAAUUUAUAUGUACAAAAUUUGUGCACCCCAACAAGAUCGUCCCUCCUUACUGGCAGGUAUCCACACAGCCUGGGAUGGCUUUUCUCAGCUUCUGUUAUUAUCGGUGUCAAUGAAUAUUUAAAACCUGAACACAGGACUUUCACUGAGAUUUUAGCAGAAGAGUUUGAUUACAGUGUUCGUGGAGCUGGAAAAUGGCAUCUGGGAUUUAAAUCUCCUCAUCUUCCCUUAAACAGAGGCUUCGAAUCAUUUUAUGGAUGCUACAGUGGAGGAAUUGAUCACCAUUCUCAUGAGGGUUGGAUAUUGGAUGAGAGAGAAAGAAUGGUAACAGUGAAAGACUUUCAUUCUGAUAAUUUAUUCACGAACUCAUCCAUAGACAUAACCUCAGAGGUUGAAGGCAAACACUCAACUGAACUCUUUACACAGGAAGCAGUGAAGAUCAUUGAAAGUCAUGAUGAUAAGAAACCUAUGCUUCUAUAUUUGUCCUAUACUGCCCCUCAUUCCCCUCUUGAGCCUGAUGAUGAAAUUGUUAAAAACAGGAAUGAACAUAUAGUUGACAAAGGAAAACGGCAGUAUGCUGCAAUGGUAACUCAAAUAGACAAUGGAGUAGGAGAAAUUGCUGAUGCUUUAUCAAGAAAGAAAAUGUGGGAUAACACUGUGUUCUUAUUCAUGAGUGAUCACGGUGCUGCAGUUAUGCCAAACAACUGUUGGGACACUAUUGGUGGGAGUAACCUACCUUACAGGGACGGAAAAGGUUCAUAUUUCGAGGGAGGGAUAAAAAGUGCUGCUUUUAUCUGGACACCAUGGUUAACUGAUGAACAAAGAGGAAAGCGAAGUCCUGCUCUGUUACACGCAGUUGAUGUUCAUUCUCUGAUGCUGGCUGCUGCAGACGAUAAGCUGUCAGGGAGUUUGUCCAGUAGAUUUAGAAACUCUAGUCAGACUACAAGUCCAGAACUUGACUCUGGAAACUUCUUGAUUGAUGUUCUUAACGAUAACCAUGCUGGGAGGGAGACCAUUCUGCACAAUCUUGUAACUGGUCCUCUUCCUGAAGGUAGAACUGGACACUACUGCAGCCAAAAAUUCGGAAAACCAUCAAAUUAUGCUGUCCUUAGACACAAAAAGUUCAAGCUAUUUUAUGGCAAUGGGCUUGAAAACUUCUGCCAAGCAGAUUAUUUGCAGAGAAGCUGUUCUGACAUACUUGACAAGCCCUCAGAUAUCCAAAAAGCCUUUCAAAUGUGGAAUGUGUCUUUAUUCAACGAGGAAGAAGAAUAAUCUAAAAGCUCAUCUACGGAUACAUUCUGGUGUUAAGCCUUACAAAUGCAACCAAUGUAAAUUCUCAACCACUCACAAGGUUCAAUUGAAGAGACAUACAAAUGAAUGUUGCUCAAAAUUUCAGAAUAUCACUCAGAUUGUUAAUAAUGACUUCUCUGAUUUGUUCGCUGCUUCUGAAGACAAUGCACCCGUAAAAUAUCGUUGUUCAAAAAGUGAUGUUGCGGAGGUUCCUAAAAGUAAGUCUACACAAGAUAAGAUAAACAGUAACUCUAUCUCAGAAAGGGUGUUCUACAGUUGUACAGUGUGUCCAUACUCAUGCCAUGAUUACCAGAUUAAACACAACAAACAUGCUUCUACUCAUGAAAACAAACCCUUCAAAUGCCACAUAAUUGAUUGCAAAUAUGCUGGAGCUUCCAUGGAGAAUCUUAAAAGGCACAUUAGAAAUAUGCACGACUUUCAGAAUUGGCACAUGUGCUCUAUAUGUGAUUAUAAAACAAAACUGAAAGUUCUUCUUGAUACCCAUUUGGUGAAACAUUCUGAAGAAAAGCCAUUUAAAUGUGACUUAUGUGAGUUUGCAACUACAUCAAAGUAUAGUUUAAAGCGUCACAAGACACGCAUGCACUCUAAAGAUGGACCAUAUAAAUGCAAGAGUUGUGAAAAAUCAUUCUUUUUUAAAAGUUAUUUUAUCGAACACACUAGAACUCAUACUGGAGAGAAGCCUUACAAGUGCGAUGCUUGUCCUUUUAAAGCAGCUUACAAAAGUGUUGUUGAAAUACAUAAAAAGCACAAACACUCUAAUGAAAGGCCUUACCAGUGUCAGUUUUGUUCUUAUGCAUUUGU